CGUGACGCGACGCGGGAAUAAUCCUCACCCUAUCUUUCUGCCGCGGUAACCCUUUCCCCCCCCCCAUGGCCGCACUGAGCCCCGAGUCGGAGCCUCGUGCCCGUUUCGGAACGCACCGUGCUUCGAUGCCGCUUGAGGCUCUGCCGCCAGAACUAUGGCAUUUGAUUAUCAUGUUUUUAGACGACCAUUGUUUCGUCUGGUCCGUCCUGCGACAAGUUUCACCCUUCCUGACCUCAGUUACCGAGGAUGUGUUUGCCCGCUACAUUCUCCGCACCUGCAGUUUGCGCUUCGCUGGGGAAACCUUGAGAAAGUUGCUUCCCUAUGAACUGCAAACACCCGACCCCGUUCAUGGAAAUGGAUCGUCAUUAACAGCCACUUCUAACACGUACUGGGCCAUAUUCACAUCUCUAAACUCGUCUCCAACCAUUCGCUUCCAGCCUGUUGCCUUCAUCCCCGCAAAUACAAAGGCCAGGGUGGUCCUCAAAUUGUCUGACUUGGCAACUCAAAGUGAGCUCGUGCCCGUGUCCCAGGAACAAGCAACCACCACCACAACCACAACGCACUCGAGCCAUUGCCUGGCUCACCACUUCUUCAGGCCAGGGGCAAAUGCAGACGUGCGACGAGGCCGGCUAAUCAAUGAGCCGCAUUUUGUACGCUUCAACAACCAGCUAAAGAGUAUUCGCAUCCCGUCGCUCACGAUUGAUAUUGAUGCGCAGGAGAUCUCCCUCGAUUGGCGACAGCUCUGCAAAGCCUUCCUACACGACGAAUUCAGAUGCCGAUUCGAAACCAAUUCCUUAGGUUCUUGGUCUUUGAGUCUUGGGCGAAACAACCCUUAA